CCGCCCAGCACAUCUGGAAGCGGAGGCCGUCUUCUCCCUCGGCGGCGCAGAGUGGAGCCAGGACGCGUCCACGCAGGCGGGGACGGAGCCUCUGCCUCGCCCCGGCCGCGUCUCCAUGGGGCCGUAGAAGCCGCGGGGGCCGCAGCGACGCCCCUGCCCCUGCCCGGCCUGCCCAGGAGCCCGGGUCCUGCCCGCUGCAUCAGAUUCAGAACAGUAAGCGGUUCCAAGGUUUGAAAACUUCCCAACACUCCCGACCUUCAGAGAAGACGUGGUCCUGAGCACUUGUGGUGACUUUGGGUCGAUUCUCGUUUAAACAAAAUGUGAUCCUUCAGUCUGCAGGUGCCGGCUCUCACCCCCGUGGACAUACAUGGCGCUGCUACGGAAAAUCAACCAGGCGCUGCUGUUCCUUCUGAUUGUGACCGUCUGCGGGAUUCUGUACAAGAAGGGGCACAAGGGGGCUGUGCCCAAGAGUGGAGCAGAUGAGGACUCAGAGCCCCCUGAGGACGCGGAAGAUGAGAUCCCCGUGGUGAUCUGUGCUGCAGCCGGGAGGAUGGGUGCCACCAUGGCUGCCAUCAACAGCAUCUACAGCAACACAGAUGCCAACAUCAUGUUCUAUGUGGUCGGACUCCGGAACACUCUGCCUCGAAUACGGAAGUGGAUCGAACAUUCCAAACUGAGGGAAAUUAACUUUAAAAUCGUGGAAUUCAACCCUACAGUCCUCGAGGGAAAGAUCAGACCGGACGCGUCGAGGCCUGAAUUGCUCCAGCCUCUGAACUUUGUUCGAUUUUACCUCCCGCUGCUUAUCCACCAGCAUGAGAAGGUCAUCUACUUGGAUGAUGAUGUCAUUGUGCAAGGUGACAUCCAGGAGCUGUACGAUACCACCUUGGCCCUGGGCCACGCAGCAGCUUUCUCAGGUGACUGCGACUUGCCCGCAGCUCAGGACCUCAGCAGGCUGGUGGGGCUGCAGAACACGUACAUGGGCUACCUGGACUACCGGAAGAAGAGCAUCAAAGACCUGGGCAUCAGCCCCAGCACCUGCUCCUUCAACCCCGGCGUGAUCGUGGCCAACAUGACGGAGUGGCGGCACCAGCGCAUCACCAAGCAGCUGGAGAAGUGGAUGCAGAGGAACGUGCAGUACGCGCCUGCCGCCUGCGGGCCCUUUCUCUGCCGGUUGGGGCUUACAGACACUUCGACCGCGAGGGGAAAACCUGUACAGCAGCUCCCUGGGAGGCGGCGUGGCUACCUCACCCAUGCUCAUCGUGUUCCACGGGAGAUACUCCACCAUCAGCCCCCUGUGGCACAUCCGGCACCUGGGCUGGAGUCCCGACGCCAGGUACUCGGAGCGUUUCCUGCAGGAAGCGAAGCUACUGCACUGGGACGGGCAGCACAAGCCCUGGCGUUUCCCCAGCGUCCAUGCCGACUUGUGGGAAAGCUGGUUCGUGCCAGACCCUGCGGGGAUAUUCAAACUCAGUCACAACAGCUGACAGAACCCGCCGCUGGAACUGUUUGUUUUUCUUUUGUUUUGUUUUUUUUCUGGUACCAGGAAUCGAACUCACGACCUUGCACUUGCCAGGCAGGCGCUGUGCCGCUCAGCUAAAUCCGCGGCCCCUUGGAACUGUUUUGUAUAAAAACGUGGAACUGUCCCUUUGUAGCUGUUCUUAAUGAGCACUGCCUUUAAUCUGUAUGCUCCUUUGAUACACUGUGUCACGUCAGAAACAAAAACCACCAUGCCAGCUCUACCCGGGGCCUAGGCACUUCUUUAAAUACAGUCCAAGUGGUAGCUGUGGAAGUCAGGACACGCUAGAAAGAAAAAAACCCACCUAGAUCAGCAGUCAAUCUGCUUAGCACUGAGCGACAGUUACAUCCAUAAAUUUUUAAAUUUCUAAAUAUAUUUUUUGCAUCCAAGUAUAAUUUUUUCUUUUCCUUCCAGUACCAGGAAUCGAACUCAUGACCUUGCGCUUGCCAGGCAGGCACUGUGCUGCUGAGCUAAAUCCCCAGCCCCGAAGGUUGCCAAUCUUGUCUUUUAUCAAAACUAUUACAUUUAAAACAUGGAAGUCUAUAAAAAUAAAAUACUCGUGGAUUUUUAUGA